AAUUACGCCUAUAAUUUCAGAUGAGCGAUUAUUUGAAAACAAGUCAAAGAAUCGGCCUAAACUCCAAGACAUCCCAGUCACAGGAGGGAAAUCACGAAAUAAGUGACUUCAAGCCGUCUUCUGGCCAACUAAAGGGAAACAACUCCAAAACUAGCUACAACGAUCAAGAAAAUGGCCCAUUUACCAAUGACGAGUCUCAGACAACGGGGCCACCACCCACCAAAGACGGCCAAAAUGAGUACUACCCAGAUGCAAAUGAAGUUAUUGAGAGUAACUGGGACACAGUUGUCGAGUCAUUUGAUGAAAUGGGCCUCCGAGAAGAACUCUUGAGAGGAAUCUACGCCUAUGGUUUUGAAAAACCUUCAGCUAUCCAACAAAGAGCUAUUAUUCCCUGUAUAAAGGGACAUGAUGUUAUUGCCCAGGCUCAGUCUGGCACAGGCAAAACAGCCACAUUCUCUAUAGCUAUAUUAGAAAAGCUAGAACUUAAAGAUGUAAAUAUUCAAGCUCUUGUAUUAGCUCCUACCAGAGAAUUGGCUCAGCAGAUCCAGAAAGUGGUUCUUGCUCUGGGUGAUUAUAUGGGUGCUCAAUGCCAUGCUUGCAUUGGAGGUACUAAUGUCAGAGACGAUCAGCGUCGAUUGGAAAAUGGUGUCCAUGUUGUAGUUGGUACACCCGGUCGUGUUAACGACAUGAUACAGAGGAAGUCCAUGAGAACGAAUGAAAUUAAAUUGUUUGUACUAGAUGAAGCUGAUGAAAUGUUAUCCAGAGGUUUUAAAGAUCAGAUUUAUGAUGUUUUUAGGAAAAUGCCUACUGAAAUUCAGGUUAUCUUGUUAUCUGCUACAAUGCCUACUGAUGUACUGGAGGUGACGGAUAAAUUCAUGAGGAAACCUAUCCGUAUUCUGGUCAAGAAAGAGGAAUUGACCCUUGAGGGUAUUCGUCAGUUUUAUAUUUCAGUGGAAAUGGAGGAAUGGAAAUUGGAUACAUUAUGUGAUCUGUAUGAGACACUCACUAUUACCCAGGCUGUUAUUUUCUGUAAUACAAGGAGGAAGGUAGAUUGGUUGACUGAGAAAAUGACCCACAGAGAUUUUACUGUAUCUGCCAUGCACGGAGACAUGGAUCAGAAAGAACGUGAUAUAAUUAUGAAGGAAUUCCGAUCGGGAUCCAGUCGUGUUUUGAUCACAACUGAUUUAUUAGCCCGAGGAAUUGAUGUACAACAAGUUUCACUUGUUAUCAAUUAUGAUCUUCCAGCCAAUAGGGAGAACUACAUUCAUAGAAUUGGACGAGGAGGUCGAUUUGGAAGAAAAGGUGUUGCUAUAAACUUUGUCACUCGUGAUGAUAACCGUGUUUUACGCGACAUUGAAUCAUUCUACAAUACUACUAUUGAAGAGAUGCCUAUGAAUGUUGCUGACCUACUUUAAUGCUAUUGUUGUUAGUGUGGAAAAUUCUGGAAUAUCAGUCAUUUUUUUUAAAAUAUCGAGGCGAUUAAUAUUCAAGGCUAUUUUGACAACAGUUGACUCUGCGAUAUAUUUGCUGGUGUUUUUAACACACAAUCAAAGUUAAUACAUAGCGAUUAAUGUCUUUAUCAUUAUUUUGAACAAGUGUAUUUUUAAAAUAUUUAAUAUUUGUAAAAACUCAUUGUUAUUAUUAAUCUUUUCAUGUAUUUAGUUCUGUGCUACUUUUUGGAGAAGUUUGAAGACAUCUCAUAGUGCUGUGCAAGCAUCUGAAGUGUUGAUCCCAAUAUAUUAUAUAACAAUUUUGAUCAUUGCUGUAUGAUACUCUGUAGCUUGUACAAUUUAAGUGUCGUUUUCUAUUAUUUUUUUUUGAAAAAAAAUACCAUGUGCAAAAAGAAAUUCAGUCGGCUCUCUGAGCAUGGGGAAAACCCAGUUAAAUCUGGGUUAGUUGACUUUUCUCCUAUAACAAAAUUAAAUAGAUGUAUUAAAAUAAAUAUGUAUUAUCUCA